AAUGGCCGAUUAUAUAUUUGUGUCUGACAACGUGAUAAGUGAUUAAUUCAAGAUUAAUUGAUUAAAAACAAUCUAAAGAAAUUAAAAUAACAACAAACAACAGCUCAAGAUAUUGUAAUAUUAAGAAUGGCAAAUCAGUGCAAUUGUGGCGAGAUACAUUCCCACGAAGUUGAACUUGGUGUUAAAUAUAAUCUUUAUGGUAAAAUUGAUAAAAAUGGAGCUGAAUGUUUAAAUGAAUUGGAAGAAGGUUCGGGAAUAAGUGUAUUUAAACCGUGGGAAGAUCGACUCAAUUGCGAUAAGUUUGUCGAAAGUGAUGCUGAUGAAGAGUUACUCUUCAACAUACCUUUUACUGGAGAUGUUAAAUUAAAAGGAUUAAUUAUAAUGGGAGGUCCAGAUGAUUCACAUCCUACAAAAGUAAAAUUAUAUAAAAAUAAACCACAUAUGACCUUCGAUGAUACUAGUCUUGUUGCUGAUCAAGAAUUUGAAUUGGUAAAAGAUGAUUAUGGAGUACACGAGUAUCCAAUUAAAGUUGUUAAAUUUUCUUCAGUCAAUCACUUGACUAUUUAUUUUCCUGAAAAUAAUGGUGCUGAAAGAACGCAAAUAAAUUAUAUUGGUUUAAAAGGUGAAUGGACACCAGGCCAUCGACAUGGAGUUACAAUAUGCACAUAUGAAUCUCGUCCAAUGAUAAGUGAUCAUGAUGUUAAUAAUUUAAAUACAGUUACAAAACAAAUACAAUAAUAAUAAUCAAGUUCAAGAUCAUCUCAAUCAUAAAUAUAUAAUUUUAGCAAUACGAUUAAAACGUCAGAGAUCAAGUAUUUAUAAAAUUUCAUUACCAUUUUUUUUUUUUUUUUUUUUUUUCCAUUCAUAAGUUAACGAAAAAAGAUAAAGAAUAUAGAAAAUAAAAAUUUGUGUUUCAAAGUACAUGUGCAGACGGUAUGUUGGCUCGUUCGUUACUCUUUGGUGCUAUAAACACUUUGUCAUUUAUUUUAAGAAAUUCUAAACGAGUUGGAUAAACUUAAAUCUGUGAUACAGUGUAUAUUCCAUUCUAUUAAAAAUAAAUUAAAUAUCCAUUUCAGUGAGUGAUAUAAAUAUAUUAUUAACAAAAAACUUUAACAAAGAAAUGAAUAUAAAAAUAUAUUUUAUUCAACGUGAUAUGAAUCAUAAAAUGAGUUGAAAAAAGAAAAACAUUUAGCCUCUAUAAAUAAAGGUCAAAAAAAAAAAAAAAAAGAAAGAAUAUUUAGUUGAAUAAGCUGUAUCUAGUGUUGACACACACAAGGUAGACAAGACUUUUCUAGCUGAAUAAAUAGUCAUUGAAAAUAGUUAUCGUCAUAUUAAUGUGUCGACUAAAAUUUUUUUCAAAUUAUUAAAAUCUUUUAAAUACUUAUUAACACACAAAGCUAUAAUCAUAAUAUAUUUUUUUUGUAUUUAAUUUCUAUAAAUACAAGUGAACGAAUAAAUUUAAAACAAAAAAAAAAAGAUAUAUGCAUAUUAAUCACAAGUGAUAAUAAGAAAACAAAGUGUGUGUAAUCUUCUGUGAAAGUGAAAUUAAAAAUAAUUCAAAUAACAAUGAUAUAAAAUAAUUAAAAUAUAAAAAAAAAAAAAAAAAG